AUGGCUUCCAGAAGAGCAUCCAGACCGCAUGACGAACCCCAGAACUACAGCCCGGCCCACAGAAGCAACGGGACAAUGCAUAGGAGUGGCUACCCAGACCAGCCGCUGAUUCAAGAUGAAGAUGAAUUACCGUACGACUCGGUCUCGCCCAAUGGAGCACAGGACACCCUUAUGAACCCGCCCAUGAGCCCUAACGGCGCAUACCAGAAAGUAAACUCACAGUCAACAUCGAUACAACAAACCCCAGCAUCACCAAUUAUGAACUCACCACCCCAAUCACAAGCGAGCGCCGAGUCCUCGCCUGUAGUGCGCCAAAACUCACAGACAGCCUCUAGACAGAAAAAGGCAGCAAAGGAAUGGGCUCCUGCAAGGUCACCACUGAAAAAACUAGAAUUAACGCUGAAUGAUAUAAGCAAAGAAGAAAAGCGUGCAAGAGUCGAAGAGGCUGAGAUGCUUCUGAGGGAAGCUCGAGCAGGCCUCCAAGGCAAGAAAGUCAGCCGUGAUGCAGGCGGUAAACCACAUCUCGCUCCAGACAGCGGCAGGAACAAGGAGAACACGUUCAAACCCACAAAUAUUGAAGAAGCCGGCCUCCUGAGAAGUUUAAGCACUAAGCAGAAAGACAAGAUUCGUGAAAGUGCUCAGAUGGAACUAAAAAAGCCAGAUCCAGACCAGCUCUCUGAUAGUCAAGCGGGCGGGUUCGAGUACGAGAGAACUCAUCCCCCCAUGGGCUACGACUCACCUUCCUCUUUCAACGAUCGUGCACAAGUAUCGGAUAAGAAUCACUAUAGCCAGCUGCCAGGAGCUCCACUGCCGAAAGGCAGCCAAGGGCAGCAUCCAAGAGACCUCUUUGAGCCUCCCAUGGAGGAGCAUAGCUCGGGAGAACCUUCUCCCCAGACUGAAGAUGCAAAGAAUGGCCAAAGCAAACAAAAGCAUGCAUCAGUGUCCUUUGCUGUUCCCCCACCAACGCCCCCGCCGGUUUCUGAAUGGAUGCAUGCGGUAGUUGGACGGUUAUGUUUGAGCGAUUUUGACCUCCGGAUGCCAGAGAUGGACAGGGACUGGAGAGGACGGGGAAGCAGAGGGGCCAGAAAUGCGCAUAGAGGGAUUGAGAGUGGCCUACCUAGAGUCUCACUCAAGAAAAACACACCAUUCAACCCCCCUCUAUAUCUAAAGUGUGGACCUCUCCUUCGAUUCACAGGCACGGCCAAGGAGACGGUAGACUCGCCGAGUGGUCCCUGUGACCGAGAGAUUUGGCGAGGAUCUAUCUUGAUUGUUACUCAGGACUCUGCAUCGUUCUAUGAUACCCCACCGACUCUAAGAAUAUUCUCGCAGCCAAAGGAGUUAAUUCCACCACCUCCACACAGUGUUCCUGGUGAACAUGAUUCGCCCCUCGCGCCAGAAUACGUUGAUCCUAUAGCCGGCCUAGGGAAAGUAGGCAGGAAUGGUAAUUUGCUUUAUGUCAAACCUGUGGACCAUAUAGAAGAAGGGCUGGAUCUUUGCUAUGAUGAGACGGAGGAAGGGUUAUUUGAACGGUCCCCCAGCCAAAUUGACUACGCGGCUAAUCGUCGUGUAUCAAUCCCGCCUGACACCAGGAUCCAAGGUAUUGACGGAGAAAUGGUUGGGAAAUACAAGGUGGUUAAAGCCAGCCGGAUAUAUGUAGACCCUGGCAGAGACACUACGUUCUGGCGAUUUAGUCUGGAAAUCGAACUUGGGGACAAGGAGGAGCAUGUUGCAUACCGUAUCAAUAACGGGUCCGUGGUCGGUUUCUGGGUGCCUGCCAGGGGUCAAACAAUGAACAUCUUAUACCACACUGGAAAUGGAUUUAGCAUGUCAGUCGAUACGGACAAGUACAGUGGUCCUGAUCCGAUGUGGCGAGAUGCCCUUAAUGCACAUCAGUCUCGUCCAUUCCACGUCAUGAUUGGCGGAGGGUCUCAAAUUAACAAUAACCCCAUUACCGUGGAAGCUGACCAUUUCCGAAAAUGGUUGGAGAUGAAAGGGAAGAAUGAAAAACAUGAAUACCCCUUGAACCUUGACAUAAAGGGGGAACUGGAGGAGUUCUACCUUGAGAAUUAUGCAGCUUGGUUUUCCCAGGGGCUGUUUGGCAUGGCAACUUCCCAAAUUCCCAUGGUCAAUAUGUGGGAUGAUAACGACAUUAUCGGCGGCUACGGCUCCUUUACGGAUGAGUUGAUGAAAUCUCCUGUUUUCUCAGGGCUUGGAAAUGUUGCAUUCAAGUAUUACUUGCUCUUCCAACAUCAAACUGCGGUCGAGGAGACGGAGGAGCACGAACCAAGCUGGCUUCUUGGAUCGGCUGAAGGACCUUAUAUCCGACAAAAGAGCAGAAAUCUGCUGAUGAAUUUGGGCGAAAGAAUAUCGCUUUUGGCAAUUGAUUGCCGUACUGAACGAUCGAAAAUGGACAUUAUGAUUGAUGAAAGUUAUGACCUGAUCUGGGACCGAUGCCACCAGCAGAUUAUGAAGGGGGAAACAAAACACUUACUAGUGCUGGUUGGAGUUCCGGUUGCAUUCCCGAGACUUUCAUUAAUUGAGGGAGUUCUCAAAGGCCCCGCAAAGGCUCUUGGGCGAAAUGGCGUCUUCCGCAACCCAAGCACUAGGAUCGAAAAUACUUCGGAGAAGAUGGACGACCAGUGGACUGCAAAACAACACAAGCUUGAGCGGAAAUGGCUGAUAGAAGAUUUGCAAGAACUGGCAGCGGAGAAAUCGAUGAGAGUAACUAUACUAGGCGGCGGAGCCAACCUUGCGGCUGUUGGGCAGUUCUAUUCCGACCCCAAUCUACAAAUUCCCAAAGACAAGGACUACAGAUACAUGCCGAACGUAAUAGCUUCCCCGAUAGUGGACGCGCCUCUCUCAGAGAUCAUGACCGACACCCUUAACAAACGCAACAAGGUGCAUACGCUGGACCUCAAAACAGUCGAGGACAUGCGAGCAAUGUUUUGGCAUGAUGUAGAAGGUCAGCCACGAAAUAACAAGCGACUGCUACCCCGGAGAAACUGGUGCUCUAUCAGAGAAUACACCCCAGGAUGUACUCCUCCCGCUACACCCCCGCCCGAACCCACUUCCCCAGCUUCUCCGGCGUCUUCUGCGGAUAUGCGCCCCGGAAGGCUAGGGAGAACGCUUUCGAUGUCCCGUGGUGAUAGGCCGGCCGGUGGACUCAUGCGGCGAUUGUCCCUUAAAGGCCAGCGUCCACAGAUAAGCCAUCCCAUUCCUAAGGACCAGUUUACACAGCGUAUGAGCUACGAUGAGCCCCGACUACGAAGGGAGAGUAUAAACCAGCUUCCGGAGCAGACAUACAGUGACGCCAAUCUCCCACGAAACCCGAGCUACGGCGACGCAGACGGCGACACUUCUUCAUUACCAAACAAGUUUGUUCGACGCCGCACCGAUCUCAGCAUUCGAGAGAUCAAACAGGCAGCAAAGGGCGGUCCAGACCAGCAUCACUUUAUUAAUAUUGAAGGCGGGUUACAUAUCACUUUCAAUUGUGAGGUCAAGCCCCGAGAUCCGGCCGGGAUCACAACUCCUUACCAUGUUCUUAUCCCGGCACUGUCGUUUGAUGGAGAGUUCGAACCGAGCAUCGAAGUCGAGAAAAAGCAAUGGUGGAAACUCGGGCACCGCAAGAACAACAGCAGUGCAGCACAAAUUGAUGGUGCUGAUCCAGCAGCAGGAGCAGUAAAGGCGGUGGAUGACGAGCAGCAACAGCCGCAGCCACAGUUACAGAAACAGCACCACCAACACCAACACCAUCACCAGCGGCGGGUCGAGAGCGAUCCCUACCGCCACUAUGGCGGUCCCGAUCAUAGGGAAGCCGGACAAGGAUACUAUGAGGAUGAGGAUGAUGACGAUAUCGACGUCCGGGGCUCUCCCCGCCACGCGCAAUAUGCAGCCCAAGGCGGUCGAUCGGGCGAGCUGUCCUCCCCCAGAGUGCUUCCCCAGCCGCCACAGCAGACUCAGGUCAAACAUCAUUAUUUCAAUGCUGCGACCAUGGACCCGGCUAAUGGCGGUGAGCAUGGAUACGAGGGGAUAGAAGCAUAUCGUCCGAGGAAGAAGAAAUGGCUGGGGAUUCUUUGA